AUGUCCGACAGAAAAAAGCGUAAAUAUAAUGACGAUUGCCGAAUUUUUAAUGAGAAAUGGUCAAUAAAUUACUUUUUUAUUGAAAUUAAUGGAAAAGCUGUUUGUCUUGUAUGCCGUGAAACGGUUUCAGUUAUUAAAGAAUUUAAUAUCAAACAACAUUACGAAACGACACAUCGAGAACAAUUUUGCAAUUUAAAAGAAGCAUUAAAAAAAGAUAUGUAUACACAAAAUGUUUUAAAUUUAUUUAAAAAACAAAAUUUCGUUAAUACAAAAGUUGUACAAGCAAGCUAUAAAGUAGCGAAUUUAAUAGCUAGUGAAACUAAACCUUUUAGUGAUGGAGAUUUUAUAAAAAAAUGUAUUUUAACUGCGGUUGAUGAAAUAAUACCAGACAAAUUAGAACUACAUAUUUAA